AUGGCCUUGGCACUCGGGAUCCCGGAAGACAUCAACUACUUUCUGCUCGAGUCGGAGCAGCGGCAGGGAGCCCUCGCCGCCGGCGUAUUCGUGUCGCCGGUCGCCGCCGGCGGCGCGGCGGAGGGCAGGGAGGAGAGCGGGGAGCUGCAGCCGCCCGCCGCCGACGCGCCGCCGAGUGCGGGCGUGCGGGUGGACGCUGGCGGGGGCUGGUACGUGCAGCUGCUGCCGUUUGCGGCGGAGGAGUCGAUUGUGCGGCUCGAGGAGAACAUCGCCAAGCUGGCGAGCCGCUCGCCGACCAGCCUGGUGCGGGAGGGGCUGGGGCCGCGCGAGAUCGUCGACCUGCUGCUCGACGGACUCGAGCCGGUCUUCGCCGACGACAAGCCGGCGCGCGUGCUGCGGACGAUGGCGCUCAUCCCGCGAGAGGAGCUCGAGGAGAUGCUCACCUCGAACGAGGUCAUCGAGGCCAAAUGCGAAUUUUGCGGCACCCUCUACCGAUCGACGCCCGAGGAGCUGCGCGAGAAGCUCGAGGCGCGCGAGUGA